CAGAGGAGAGCAGCCAUUCCUGCCGGACAGUAUGAGCCCUCAUGGAACAGUAGGUGUACUCCUCGUCAUUGCCCUCCUGUUGUCUUCUCAUAUGAGUCAAGCUCAGCAUUGGUCUUAUGGACUACGGCCAGGUGGAAAACGGGAAGUUGAAAGUCUCCAGGAUUCCUAUUCAGAGGUGCCAAAUGAAGUCUCAUUCAUGGAACCUCAACACUUGGAAUGCUCCAUCCCACAGAACAGGCUCAGCCUUGUCAGAGAGGCUUUGAUGAACUGGCUGGAGGGUGAUAACGCCAGGAAGAAGAUUUGAUGUUGGCAAUAGCUUAUCAUAAGAAAUUAUUCAAUAAAGCAGAAGCUAAGA